CGGGGCCCGCAACACCUCAACUACUGGGCAUUGGCUGAGAGUGGCUUGCUGAACUCAGGGGGCAUCUUCUACCGGACCAGGCCCGCAACCGCGAUCAGUCACAACAAAUUCAUCAUCAGGACGUCGCCUGACGGAACCACUGCUGUUUGGACCGGCUCCACCAACAUAACAGCUGGUGCCAUUUUCGGUCACAGCAAUGUUGGGCACAUCCUCUCUCAGCACGAUAUCUGCCAAAAGUAUCGUGCCUAUUGGGAGAAGCUCCUUGAGGAUCCAGACAAGAAGGACUUCGCCAAAUUCAAUGAAGAAUUGUCACCGCUGCCCGAGGAGAACAAUUGGUCGGAACUGGUUCUUUUCUCGCCGCGAUUGCGUUGGGCCGAUGCCUUGUCCUUCAUGGCCCAGCUCAUCCUGAGAGCGAGGCACAGUGUGGCCUUCACUGCUGCCUUCGGCAUAAGCCGUGAGAUUUCUCCUGCGCUUCUUGCCGCCGGGUCUGAAGGAGCAGGUGCAGCAGUUCCUACUUACCUUCUGCUGGAGAGCCAGGGAAACUGGCAGGCAUCGAGAGAUGCUGUUCAAGCACUUCAACGGAAAGCCAAUGUGAGGAUUGCUUUUGGAAUGCACCUGGAGGUCCCACCCAUCAAGUCGCAGCCGAACAGCGGAGCAUGGAUACCAGAGACGUUGACAGGGCUCAACGAGCAUGUUCGGUAUGUCCACACGAAGAUUCUGCUAGUUGACAUGUUCUCCGAUUCGCCUAUAGUCGUUUCUGGAAGCGGAAAUUUUUCCAGAGCCGCUAUGGAGUCAAAUGACGAGAAUGUGGUGGUGGUUCGUGGCGACCGGAACUUGUCUGAUGCAUAUUCUGUCGAGUUCUUCCGCAUCUUUGAGCACAUGCGCUUCCGCAACGAAGUUCAAGGAGUUGGCAAGCGGUCCGAGGUCGACACAACUGCAGAUCCUCAGGCUGACUUAGUCAUGUGCAGAUGUGGCCAAGCAGUCGCAGAGCGCACAGUCAAGAAAGCAGGCCCAAAUGUCGGACGACGGUUUCGAUGCUGCGCCAAUCCGCAGGGCCUGUCUUGCGGAUACUUUGCCUGGGUCGAGUCAGCAGAGGCCAAAGAAGUGUCUCGUGAAGAGGAGGAGCCGUGGCCGUGGUGCUAUUAUUCCAAAAAGACCUUCGCAACACUUGAGCGACGACUUUUUGAGGAUUUGCAUGGUGAGCACGGCGUGAGGAGAUCUGAGCAGGGCAGGUCAGAAGCUGAAGAGCCAGCUCUGCUCGAAACCCAGGGCGGCAGCUGCAGCAGCUUUGAAAGUGCGGAUGAGGGCAUGCUCGACCUGUGGGAUCUUUGCGGAGUCAGCGAGGAUCCCGCAGAACCGAACACCGAGCCAGACUCCCAGCUUCGGCAGCCGGCACGACCGAAUCUGACGGAGAUUCGAGAUGCGGCUACGGAAAUGCUGGGUGUCAAUCUAAAAGUGAAAGGCGGCAGCAAGCGCCUCCGUGAAUUACGUGACCAUCUUGUCACGUGC